CCGCCCGCUACUUUGUUUGUUCACUAUCCGGCGAUUGCAUUUUGUCCUAAACCCCCUCACACCGCUUCAAAUCUACAGCUCAGCAACGUGUCGAUACUCCCUCUUUUUUUUAUUCUUGAGUUCCUUAGUCAGGCCAACAGCGUACGUGGAACGUUGUUUGUCCCCGCACAAUGCUCGCCGCCAGCGUGGAUGUCAAAGCACUAGCAGUUGCCACAGGAGUGGCUGGCGUGGUAUUUUUUGUUAGCCAGAGGAUCUAUCUUUGGUACAGACUUAAGAGAGCGCCAGGUACGAGAGCUCUGAUAUUGUCGGAAAAUCCAAUCUCAACUCUUUCGAUUGCCUUGAGAGGUGUUCGCCAUCACAAUGAGAAUCGACUCCUGGACUUCUGGGCCUCGCUGUUUGAAAAGAUCCCGGACGGAGACUUGCAGGCCGUUGAACUUGUCUUUUUUGGCAAUCGAUUGAUGGCUACCUCGGAGCCUGAACAUGUAAAGACAAUGCUAACAAGCAAGUUUACCAGCUUUGGCAAAGGUGAAGACUUCCACGAUGCCUGGAAGCCGUUUCUUGGAGACAGUAUUUUCACUACAGACGGCAAACUGUGGCAAAAUAGCCGAUCCUUGAUCCGACCUAUGUUCGUCAAGGAUAGGAUCCGCGAACUUCAGAUCUUCGAUCGCGGUAUCAACGGCCUCUUUGAACAGCUUCCACCCUCUGGCCAAACUGUGGACCUCUGUGACCUUUUCUACCGCAUGACUCUCGAUGUCACAACGGAAUACCUGUUGGGUGCUAGUGUUGGAAGUUUACAAGACCCUCAAAGUCGGUUCUCUCAAGCCUUCUCGGAUGUUCAACGAGCAUCUAUGGUCCUCACGAUUCUCUUACCUAUCCGAUCAUUCAUUCCCAAAUCCAAAUACUACAAAGGCAUUGCCGUCUUGGAAGAGUUCAUAGACCCGUUCAUUGAGAAGGCAAUGGCCUUGAGUCCAAGCGAACUGGAGAACAUGACCAAAGGCGAUGCAGAAGUCACUUUCCUACAUCAAGUAGCGGCAUUUGCAAAGGAUCGCCAAGUCCUCCGUGACCAAAUCCUUGCUGUCCUUUUGGCAGGGAGAGACACCACUGCUGCAACACUCUCUUGGACCAUCUAUGAACUUUCACAUUAUCCUGAAAUAUGGGAGAAGCUCCGAAACACUAUUCUGGAUACUGUUGGGCAGAAUGGCGUACCGACCUAUGAUGAUCUGAAAGGCAUGACCUACUUGACCCAUUGCAUCAAUGAGACACUUCGUCUAUACCCUGCGGUGCCCUACAACAUUCGCAGCUGUGUUGAAACCACAACAUUGACUAGCCCUGCUGGUCAGCCGGACAUCACCGUCUUAGCUGGAGAUCAAAUCAUGUACAGCCCGCUCUAUAUGCAACGCCGCCCAGAUCUCUAUCCGCCAACCUCGGAAACUUUUGCAGAUCCAGCCAUCUACAGCCCAGAGAGAUGGGAACACUGGACACCAAAGCCUUGGCAAUAUAUCCCGUUUAACGGUGGACCAAGAAUUUGUAUCGGGCAAAACUUUGCCAUUACCGAAAUGGCGUAUUUCUUGGUUCGCUUGUUGCAAAAGUAUGAGAGAAUUGAAUAUCGGGGAGACUGGGCCGCUCAGCUUCACAAGGCAGAACUCGUUGGAUGUCCUGGAAAGGGUGUGCCUGUCGCCUUGUUUGAGCCGAAGCUCGUCUAAGCGGGGUAAUGCAAGGAAGAGAGAAAUUGUGUAUUUUUUAUUUCUAAUUUUGAACUUUGUAUUUAGUCAAGUCAAAGCUUGAAUAUUUCGAAACAAUUGUUCGUAGUCUCAUCAUAACCGAUCAGGCGUGGUGCCGCGAUAGAGAACUAUUUCCGUUAAGGAUGCAGAUGCAUCACGAUCGACCCCGCAUGGCAUGUCAUCGUCGAUUGGCAUUCAAGACACCAAUCAAUA